CUCGGCAGCAGUCGUUACCGGCGCUGUCAUAGCUAGCUGGACUGGCUACUCGUCCUUUUCGAAGACCACGGACUGGCGUUGCAAAGUCUGCCCUGCGCUAGCAUACAGGCCACGUUUUUGCAGCAGGCCUAGCAUCGCGGCAAAACCCGCUACUCUUCGUUCGUCGCCAUGCGAGUCAGCGCUGCGUACAUCCUGCUUGCGCUCUCGAGCGCAGGCCUGGUAGCGGGCAAUUUGAGUGGCCUUGAGCACAAGCAGAGAGCAAGGUCGUUCGGCCGCGAGCUGAGGCGUGCCGAUGGCGGAUCUGCGCCGCUGCGGGCCGCCGAACGCGCUCCUCUCGCGGACCUUUUCAGCGACGAUGACGAUUCUGACUCCAAGGACGACAAGAAGGACUCCUUCUUGAACACGGUACUCGGCGGCGAUGACUCGAAUGACUCCAGCAGCAGCGAGACCACCAGCACCAGCUCCACGAACACAAAGUCCGCCUCCGACGACGACACAUCGAGCAGCAAAACUUCGACCAAGACCGACGAUGGGAAGAGCUCGACCAAGACGUCGACUGACGAUGACAACAAGCCCACUAGCACCAAGACGUCGUCGAACGACGGUAACAAGCAAGCGACCAAGACUAGCACGGACGACGAGCCCACUAGCACCAACAAGGGCCUCGUUGGUGACCUGGUCGAUGGUGUCGAUUCCAUCCUGAACCCCGACGGCGACAAAGCGACGUCGACGACCAAGACCAGCGGUGGGCCCACGCCUGCUCCGACCGCCAACAAGACGAAAGGCGAGGAUGACGAUGACUCGACCUCGUCAAAGAACAAGUCCUCGUCGAAGGACAACGAGGACGACGAUGACGACACGAGCAGCAAGAAUGGAGGUCUGCUCGAUGGUCUCACAUCCGCUGUGGGCGGCGUUAUUUCUGAUGUUGGUGGUAUCCUGACGGGCAUCGGCUCCACAAAGACGUCUGACGGUGACGAUGAUAAGUCGACAAAGUCCAAGACGAAGACCGACGACGAUGAGUCCACGACAACGUCAAAAGGCGGUUUGCUUGACCCUAUCUUGACACCCAUCAUCGGAGGCGGAGACGACGAUUCUAGCUCCAAGACAAAGACCAAGACGAAGACUGAUGAUGAGCCCACAACCACCAAGACCGGCUUGUUGGAUCCUAUCCUGACUCCUAUCUUCGACCCACCCACGGACAAGCCGACAAGCACCAAGACCAAGACGGGAACAAAGCCGACUGACACGAGUCAAAAUGGCGAUAGCGACGACAGCACUUCCAAGGACACGAAUACAGGCAACAGCGGCACAAAGACCAAGACUGAGAACAACGGCCAGGCUACUCGAACCCAGGACGAUUCUUCCGAGACUACACCUGUGGACAACAACGGUGCGGGUUCGACCUCGCAGUUCGAGGCUCCCAACACUCGACCCACUGCCACCCAUUUGCUCACAGAUCCUGAAGCCACUGCCACACGUACCGCAAGCGACAGCGAUACUGAUUCCAAUGGCGGUAGUCGCUCUGGGCAGAGUGAUUCGAGUACCGACACCGAAACGCAAACCACUGGUGGCUACUGGUACGCAGACAAGUCGUCACUCAUUCUCCCUAGCGCAACGUCGAGCGGUGAUAGCGAUAACGACAAGCAGCACGACUCUACCAAGGUGGACGCACCCCAAGAGACCGCCGGUCAACAGUUCCCUGGCACCAUCGUUCCCGCUGAUGGUGCUCUCGUGCAGCCCACCGACACCACCAGUGUUGCCAUCUUGUUGAAACCCACCAUGAAGUGGACGUGGCUCGCGUCGAACUCGGACACUACCGCCCAAGUGUUUGCCUUCUUGCCCGCCAUCAUUGCCCAGUCUGUCGGCUUGCAGCCCAAUGACAUCGUCACCGUGCGCUUGCAAUCUUACUACCCCACUGGCCAGACGAAGGAAAGCGAUGCGCUCUCUCUGUACAUGGCCUACGUUCCGUCUAAGAACACUGAGGAUCUCGCCGCUGAUGUGCGCAACACAUCAUCAACCUUCUACACUGGACCAAAGGAUAACGUUGCCAAGCAGCUCGCCGCCAACGUUGACCCCAACUUCAACAUUCUCAGCGUCGUUGGUGGGCAGACUCGCGGGAGCAACGCUCAGCACGAGACUCAAGGAGACGACGACUCCAGCGCCACUCUGAGAAACGCUUUGAUCGGUGUCGGCUCUGCACUCGUCGCGGUCAUCGUCGGCUUCGUCGGCUGGCGCAUCUGGCGAAAGCAGCGCAAGGCUGAACUCGCUGCCCGUCGUGCUGCCGCUCGUCCUGGACGCCGCGGCACCAUCCGAAGCUUUGGUGCCGGACCGCUUCGCGAGACUUGGGCGCCGUCUAUUGCAGAGCAAGAGCGUGUGUUGCACGGUCAGCAGCUCACUCAAACCUGGGAGAACUCGGAUGAGAUGCACGAGCAGGAUGACGGUCCCCUGAGACGCUCCAUCAUCCAACCUGGAAGUGCUGGUCUCGAGACUGGAUGGGGUGAUCCAUUCGUCGAUCAGUGGGCUGUCGGCAAUCGUUCGAGUGUCAUGACCGAACGAUCAGGCGGCAGCGGCGGACUGCUCAGUCGUGCUAGCGGUCUGACUGAGGCUCAGCGAAUUCAGCAGGACUACAUUGAUGGACACGAGGAUGGUGUCACUCCUUUGAGCCCCACUAGCGCUCUCGCUAUGGGCGGGUCGUACAACGAGGAAUAUCAAAUCCCUCAGCAGUACACCAGCAGCCACGCAUACGGACCGCGCGCAAGUGAGAAUCAGCGACACCGCAAGCGCACGAGUCGCAGCUCCACCGCUUCCAUCUCCCGUCCGGAGCUGCAAAGCAACUCGAUGCUUCUCUAGGUGCGCUCCGACUUCAUAUCGUUUCUUCUCCUUCCAAUAGAAGCAUCUCGGCAAGGCUGUCCCUUUGCAAUAUUUCCGGAAGCACAUAUAACAAAAUUCUAGUCUUGUCCUUCGACCCUUCCAACGUCAAGUCGUUUCAGCCACGCGCCGUUAACCUGUGGCAGCGGGCACUCACACUCCUUUCUGAUCCGGGCGAUGGGAUCCACAACGAUCUGAGCCCAAAGUCUUGCUCUCUCCCACGAUUGCAGAAGCUCUCCACCUCUGCCUUACCGUCACCGAUCAUUUCCCAGUCUUUUCGUCCCUGAAAUGCAGCAGCAAAGCAGACAGAUGCUGCGCACUAUCGUGAACGUGCUCGUCUCACAUCUCUCCUCGUACAC